CCUCGGACCACCACGUCCUCCUAGCGCCCAGAAAAAGGGGCCAUGCCUGGGGAGCAGCCCCGUGGAGCACCAGCCCCAACCAUGACCAGAGGCCUACAGUCCUGUCAAACAACCAGCAGCAUGGCAAGUGGCACGGCCAGUGGCACAGCCACCCAGCCCCGCAGCGAGGACGACACCGCAGCCAGCAGGACCGCCAAGGCCACAAGGGAGGCGGGCAGUGGGGCCCAGGCCAUGGAACCCCCUGAUGCCCAGCCUGGGGAGGCUAGGGAGGUGGAGCCCAAGGUCCCCCUCCUGAGAACCCAGCCCCUAAGCAGCCCCCCUAGAAAGGGUGGCAGCCCCCGGACCCCACUAGGGAGGAGCCACACGCAGGCUCCCACACGGCACACAGACAGGGCAGACGGCAGCCCCCAGCAGCUCUACACUCUGAGCAUUUCAGGCUCAAGGGCCAGACCCACCCUGGACGAGACCCCCGAGGGCCCACAGCACGAGGCUACCGGGCCCCCAGAGACAGAGGCCCCUCCUGCCACGGAAGAGCUCAGCUUCCAAAGGUGCUUCCAGGAGACCCCCUCCAGCUUUACCUCCACCAAUUAUACCUCACCAAGUGCCACCCCAGGGCCCCCGCCCCUCAGGGGCCCCCAGAACCGCGAUGCUAGCCCCUGCAGGCCAGCCUCCUACUCCGAAUUCCAAGCCAGGGGGGCUGAUGCCUGGCCUCCCACUGCUGAGAACAAUUUACCAGGUGCUAGUUUCAGGGUCCUCUCCACAGAGCCGGAGCCCUUUGCUGAAGGUGGGAGCCCCAGGGUGGCCUCCUUCCAGUUCCCUUUCCCAGCGCUGCACGGGGCCAGCCCGAAGCCUUUCCCCAAGGACACCGCGAGGCCUGAUUACUCGGACAGGGCACUGGUGUUUGCCUUCUGCCAGCCUCGGGGGGAGUGGCAGGAGGAAGCGGUGGGCACAGGCUCGACCUUCUCGCUGCCCACCCAGCCUGCUCCUCCACCCCCACCCUGCUACCCCAGCCAGCCCAGGCGCCUUGACCCCCCCAGUGACCUCGGCCGUGCUCUCCCCGCCACUGGUGCUGCUCACCCAGCCCCCAGCCCCUUCUCAGAGAGCGCGGUCACUUUCCCAGACAGUUUGCACAAGAGCCUGACCAAAGCCCUCUCUGAGAGGCCGCCUUCAGCCCACAAUGGGUUGGGGAGUCCCAGGGGACCCCCAAACUCUCUGUCCCAGAGGCACUUUUCCCCGCAGGCAUAUGGAAGCCCGGGAGCCAGUGCAGUGGGCACCAGUCCUGGGUCUCUGGAUGCAGAGUUGGCCACCCCAGGGCCCCCACCUACCAGACUGCCCCAACUGUGGGAUGCCACCGCAGCUCCUUACCCCACGCCUCCCCUGGGCCCCCCAGCCACUUCCAGGGGUGCAUUCUUUGAAGGCCAGCCAAGCCCAGGCCAGCGACUUGGCCUUCCCCAGAACCCCGCGCUGCCCUGGCCCCAGGUGCUCCCGGCCACGGGGCCCAGACCCCACGACGUGGAGAUGCUGAGCCAGCUGCCUUUUCCCCCAGGCACCCCUGAGUGGCAGGGGGGCAGCCAUGCAGCCCUGGUCGCUGCCAGCAAGACACCUGGGCUGGGGGAGAAGCUGGCAGUGCUGAGGAGCAGCCCAGGCCAGCACAGCAGCGGCUCCCCAAGGCUGUUCCCCUACAAUGGGCUGCAGGACCCUGGAACCCAGCCCCUGUUCUUUGGGGUAACCCAGCCCCAGGUCUCGCCCCGAGGGACCCCUGGCCUGCCCCAACCCAGGCUGGUGGCAGCCUCUCCCAGUGAGUCCCCACUGCCCUCUCCUGCCACCAACACAGCCGGCAGCAGCACCUGCUCAUCACUGUCACCACUGUCCAGCAGCCCAGCCAACCCCAGCUCAGAGGAGAGCCAGCUCCCUGGUCCCCUAGGGCCCUCUGCCUUCUUCCACACCCCCAGUCAUUCCCAGGAGAAGAGCAGCCCCUUCCCAUCCCCCGAGCCCUCACACAGCCUCCCCAUCCACUACCAGUCAGAGCCAGUCAAGACCUUUCCUUUCCCCACAGAGGGGCUGGGGGCCGAGGGCACCUUCAAAUGCCUGGAGGAGGCCCCAUUCCCGAGUGUGGGCCCUGAGGUGGGCAGCAGGGGGCUGGAGGGCUUUCCCCCAGAGCCGCCCCCCUACUCUGUCCACCACUUCCCCCUCAGCAGCGCCAGCCUGGACCAGCUGGACGUGCUGCUCACUUGCAAGCAGUGCGACCGCAACUACAGCAGCCUGGCCACCUUCCUGGAGCACCGGCAGUUUUGCAGCGUGGCCAGGACCAAGGACAGCCACCAGCAACCCUCGGAGCUUCCCACGCCCUCCGCCACGGCCUCCGUGCUGGCUGCUCCCAAAGCAGCAGCCGGCGGGAACCCAAGCCUGCUCAGCCACACCAAAACAGUCCCCUUCCUGCUAGGGGCAGACGUCCGGGUUGAUGGCAAAGAUGACCCCUUGAGGACAAGUUUCUUGCCUGGCCUGACCACUGCCCCCUUCCCUCUCUCUGCUGCGGACCUGGACCUGGAGGAUGAUGCCAAGCUGGACAGCCUCAUCACCGAGACACUCAACGGCCUGGAAUACCAGUCAGACAACCCUGAGAUCGACAGCAGCUUCAUCGAUGUGUUUGCCGACGAAGAACCUUCUGGCCCCAGAGGUCCCAGUGCUGGGCUACCCCCCAAGACAAGGGUGGGGGCCACACCAGAGAACAAAGCUCAGCUCCCGCUCCCAGCCUCAGAGCCCCAGGCUCCCCGCCCUGGGGACGGGGGCCACUCGGCCUGCAACAGGCCCAAAACCCGAUCCCUGGGCCUAGUGACUACGGAGGCAGAUGGGGCCAGCCCGGGCAGCCAGCCGAAGAGAGGGAAGCAGUUUAAGAUUUUCCAGAGAGAGCUGGACACAGCCAACACUGCCAAGAGGUCAGGCAGGGGCACCAGAGCCACCUGCCUGAGGCCAAGGAGGAAGGGCGACAGGGCUGAGCCAGUCCCACCUCGCCCCAGGGACCUCAGGACCCAAGCUCUCAAGAACCACACAGAUCCCUGUGGUAGGGCCCUUCCAGCGGAGACCAGGAGCUCCAAGCGCCUCCGACUGUCCCCGGGGAAAGAUUCCAGGAGAGCGAGGGCACGGGGUGGCACCUGGAGCAAGGAGCUCAUCCACAAGAUCGUGCAACAGAAGAACCAGCUGCACAAGCUGCAGGCGCAGCGUGGCCAGGGCAGGUGCCCCUCCCCGGAGACUGAGAGUCCCGCACCCAGCACCCAGGAUGGCAGGCUCCAGGAAUAUGACUACGCCUCCGAGUCAGAGGAGGAGGACCAUUUGCAGCCACGGGGCCCCCGCUUCAGAGGCCAGCCCCGCCACGGCUGCCGGCAGUGGCGCCGAGGUGAGAAGAGAAAGGAAGUAGACCUGACCCCGAGUUCCAGAGAAGAUCAGGAGCAGCAGAAACCCAGGAAGGCCGUGAGGCAGGAAACCACAAAGCCAGGCAGGCCUUGCCCAGGCCCCAGUGAGAGCCCCAAGGCCCACGGCCCACUGCAAAGCCCUAAGACCGGAGAGGGCCCUAAGGAGAGAGGCCCCAAGUGUCUCCUAGAGGUUCCCACCAGUGCCAAGAUCCCAGAGGAGAACCAUUCAUCGCUGGACUUCCAUCAAGAUUUUCCACCUGACACCACAAAGCUUCUCAGAGAUGCCUCCGGCUCUCCUCCGCCCACCUGUGUGGAAGGAAGUCCCUGUUCCCCAGCCCCAGAGCGACCACAACCAGGCAGGGAGGACACCGUGGUGCCCCACAGGAGCUCGUCGGCACCAGGCGCAGGCAGUCUGCUGAGGGACCCCGGGUGCACGGAACCCCCCAUCUCUCAUGAUGAAGAGGAACACCCUGCCUACCUGCCAGGAGAAUUGCUGGUGCCCAUCACUAGCACUGCCGCUGCGUAUCCCGAGGCCAGCAUCCUGUUUCUAAAGACCCCUGAUCUUGGGGGAGACCCGGCUCUUUUUAACAGAGACUCUGUGGUUCCAGCUGCCAAAAGGGGGCCCCAGCCCUACAGCAGCCCCCACAAUGAAUUGCUCCUUGGACCCAAAGACCUGGCUGGCUGUUUCGGUGAAGACUUGUACUCCAAGCCCUUAGCUCCGGACACUCCUCCUGCCAGCAACAUGCACCUUCGCCAAGAUGGUGUAGACGCCAGUUCCCUCAAGUCAAAACCUCCCAGGAAUCCACCCUCCAUGGUCAACACAGAGCCAGGCAAAGCCGAAUCACCACUGGCUUUAGAGUCCACACCCCUUCUCUCGGGGAUGCCCGUGGGUGACUUUGAUUCACCGAUGUACAGCAGCCUGUCUGGAAAUGGGGAUACACACUCACCAUCUACAUGCAUCGACCCUCCCCCAAGGAAGCCCCAGCUAGACCCAUCUUACCCUUCAUUUCUGCCUGAGAAGGGCUGGUCCCUAUUGGAGGAAGUUUCUCCGAUGCUAUCCAGCCAUCUGGGCCAUUUUUCUGACCUCUCAAGGGAAAAGGUAUUCAGUAAGAAGUGUCCUCGUGAAAGGACAGUGGCCACCAACCCUCCCCCUUUGCCUUCCAAGGUUAGCGAAUGUAACAUGGCUUUUAUGGGCAACUUGUCUGAGGAUGAAUUAGAGAUCAAAAGAUUGGUCACCGAAUUAGAAAGUCAGCUGGAAAGUAAAGGUGAGCACGAGGUCCCAGGAUUGCUGCGCAAAGCUCAGAACAUGGGCCAGACGCGCUUGGACACAGUGUCCCCCCUGCCCAUGCACCAGGCUGCCUCCCCCGAAAAGGACUCGUUCCCCACAGCUGACCUCACUGGUCUUGGGGAAUUGAGUCCACGCCAGAAAGGGGCAGAAUCAGCUGUGGCCACCACAGAGGGGACUCUGGAGAACCCUCAGGAGGAAUGGUCCUCAUUUCACCCCAGAAAAGCAGCCACUCCCCCUAAUAGCCACAAAGACCAGGUUUCUAGCCCCACUGGGGCUAGCCUCACUUUCCAGCCAGUGCAGGACACCAGAGUCUCUAGGACGGGGCUCCCCAAAGCAGAGGAGGGCUGCAGGGUCUGCCCAGAAGCCUGUCUACCUGACCCCGGAGAGCCACUCAAGCCUCCGUUGGACAGAGGAGAUUUAGUAAAAAGCAGCCCAAACCAUGAGCCUUUGCAUCCUAAAAGUAACAGGGCCACCAGAAUCCAUCACAACGAAGAUAUCCUGCUGCUUCUUUCCUGCACUCAGAAGGGGCUGUUCCCAGGAUCCUGCAAGGCACAGGGGCCCUGCCGAGAUGCCCUCAACAGCCCUGUUGCCCAUCUGGCACCUGACUUGGCUUUUCAGGGUGUCGGGGUUCUGCACCUGGGUACCACCCCACCUCCUGGUGCCAGUCACAGUGAGGUCCUCAAGGGACAUGCUGUAAGCAGCACAGAUGAGCCAGAAGGAGCAGGUCCCCUCUACCCUAUAGCAGGGGGCCCUGGCUCUGAGGGUAACAAGGAGUUUGUACCAGCAGGAGCCUCCCCAAGUCCUGCUUGCUUGCCCGACACCAGUCCUGGCAGGAGGCCCCAGGACCCCUCUGAAAGCCCAAUACGUCAACUCCAGCUACUGGUGGCCAGAGCAGCUGAGAGUGAAGAUGCCGCCCCGGACUUACAGGGGUCCCUGCUUGCCGAUGCCCAGAGCCCUCAACAGAGCAACCCCUCAGAUGUGGAAGGGGACAGCGUGGAAUGCGGGAACAUGGUCCAGAGCCCUGCUAAGAGCUCAGAGCGGGGUAUGCAGAUAACAGCUAUCCCUGCUAUGACCAGAUGUCAGCUGGGACCAGAGGCAGAUGAUCAUCUGGGCUCAUUCAGCCAGGCUGAGCAGCUCAGAGGCCCAGGCAAAGCCAGCCACCUGCAACCAGAUAACUGGGGGAGCCCUGGGGGAGCAGACAACCUCGCCACAGUCAAUGCUGAUCCUGAAACCACACAGGACAGCCUGCCUGGGGCUGCAGACCAGUUAGGGGGGCAGGUCCAGGGAAGCAGGCUGAACGUGGGCCUUCAGAAUGAAGCAGAGUCUGCACCCUGCCCCACCUCUUCUGAAUCGGAAUCUCUGGCCCUGGCCCUGGCAGCAACACGUGCCCAAAGUGGGCCUGAGGACUGGAUUCGAGAGGUGACCGGCCCCAGCCUUAAGAAGCACCUGCUAGUCACUGGAGAGAGCCCAGAGCUCCCCAUGAGGGGCCCGGUUGGCUGUACACCCUCGCCUACUUCUGCAACCAUCCCUGUUCCUUGCAGCCUUGAGCACUUGCUCCAGGAGGACCCUCCCGCAGUGCUUUCGGGUGAGCUAAGGGGGCUGCUUCCGGCGUCUCCCUCCUGUGGCAACUCCACCGGCACAGAGCACCUGCCAGCCUGUUCCUCCGUCGGCACAGCUCUGAAAAGGGCUGAGUGCACCCCGGAUCCCACAGGUUCUAGGGCCAAAGGGUACCUGGCAACCCCCUCACCUUUGAGGACAAGCCCCUGUGACCUCAAGGAAAGCCGGGCUUGCUGCCCUCUCCUAGGGGAACAAAUCCCCCUCGAAGACCCUCCCAUAGGCCAGCCCAACUUCAUCAGUGUUUUCACUCCCACCCAUGUGGGGGACCACCCUGAAGGCCACAUGUCAAGAUCUCUAGAGGGUUCCGGAAAAGAGAGGUUGAGGGGAUCUCCUGCCUGUGAUACUGCUCCUCUCCCAGCGAGGGACACGUCCCCGAGAGUAACCAUCAAGGCUGCUGCCCGACCUGGCAUCCCCGCCAUAGAUGGCAUGGAGGCAGCCAGAGGCCGCAGGACUGAGUGGCCAGACCCCCACUGCAGGGGAGCCAUGCCCAACACCAGCCCAGACAGGACGCCCAAGGGCCCCUCCUCAGAACACCCAGGAAAUAGGGAAAGCCAGAGCAUCACUACUGUGCCCACUGACUCUUCCACCCAUAGGACAGCCGGGCCAGAGCCCCAUGCCUGCCUGGACAGUGGGGCGGGGGCCAGCCCCCAGGGCCAAGAGGACCUUAAGACACCUGGUGCUGGCCGCCCUAACAUUGCAAAGGCCUCAGGAGCUGGCACCAGAGGCCUGAGCGUCACCCACCCUUAUGAAGAGGUCUGCCAGGACAGAGCCACCUCUCUAAGCAGCACAGCCAGCAACUCCAGACCCAACUCCCCCCAGAGCCUCAGAAAUGUCUUCCACCAGAUGCCCCAGGGGGACCUCCUAUGUACCCAGGACCCCAAACAGAAGGCUUGUGGCGUUAAAAAGAAGCCCAUGUCUACCGAGAACAGCCUCUGGAAGGACCAAGGUCCCAGCAGGCAGCCCGUGACCUGCGAGGUCUGCUCAGCCACCUUCAGAUCCAGGCCAGGCCUAAGUCGCCAUAAAGCCAGGAAGCACAAGCUGCACAGGGAAGCCACCUCCCAGCCAAGCCCUCCAGCCCUGCCCACUCCCCAACCUGGGGAGUCCGCAGCCCAGAUGAGCCACCCCCCUGGGAAGAAAAGCCGCAGGGGUCAUGGGAAGGAGGAACCAAGGCACAGGCUGAGCAGCCCCAGCCAUGCAGCAAUGUCACCUCCCAUCCAGGGCUCCAUGGCUUCUGAGGAUGCUCCAGGCCCCGAAAUGGCCAAGGAGCUCGGUAUUCUGAAAACAUUAGGCUGUGCCCCCAGCCAGGAACCACACCCCCUGGGCCCGGUCAAGCAAGGAGUGGGCUCAAGGCCUGCAAAGCCCAGGAAGUGGGGCUUGCUGCCAAGGGAUGAGCCUUAUCCCAAACAGACAGAGAGAGGAGGAGGCCAGAGGCGGGGUAGACCGUCUGUGAACAUCCCCAGUGAGUCAGCGGGGAAAUCAAAUAAGAAAGCAAGAAAGCCAAGAGCGAGAAGGUUCCGGGAGGAGAGCGAUCCUCAAGUCUCUCCUGAUGUGAUUUCAGAUAGAAGCCGCUGGAAUCCAUCAACUGCAAUUGUCAGUUACCCACUCCCUCUGAGCUGCAGCCUCUCACAGGAGGCAGAGCAGGAGACAGAGGUCAGCCAGCUGCCUCUCCCCGCAGUCACAGACCUGCAGGAGACACCUGCACAGAAAUCACCUGGGAAUUGGGUGACCCCUCCAGGAAGGAUGGAAGGGGUGCCUCCUGGGAAAGGACUGGAGGGGCAGAAGGCAGCCUUGACAAAGGGAUGCUGGGGUCCCAGAGAGACCGGGAUUCUGGGUGUCUGCAGAGAACUGUCAAGGGCAGCUAGGAGUACACCUGCAGGGGACAGCAGAGCAACUGACUGCAUGUCAGGGCAGACAGACUGGGAAGGGCACAAGCAACCCCAGGGACUGCCAGGCCCGCCAGAGACUUGUGGUUCUGAAGCAGGUGACACCAUCAGCAGUUGCCUCCAGGGCCCCCAGCACAACCCAGAAAACAGGGUCCAGGAGCAUGAAGGCGUCACUCCUGAAGCUCCCAGCCCAGGUCUCGGGGACCCUCUGAGCUUAUUUGAUGACGAAGCCUCCUUUUCCCAGCUCUUCCCUCUCGGCAACCGCUUAACUCGGAAGAAGAACCCCCGAGUCUACGGGAAGCGCUGUAAAAAGCCAAAGCCCCCGCCAUUGCCGGAGCCUGGUGGGGAGUUCCAAGGCAGCGCUACUCUGCCCUCUGCCCACAUGCCUACAGAUCUCAGUGACUCCGGUUCCCUCUGCCUGUCCCUCGAGGACCCGUGGGGUGACGAGGCCACUGGCCUGCCCGAGUCCUUCCUUCUGGAGGGCUUCCUCAGCAGCAAGGUGCCUGGCAUUGACCCCUGGGCCCCCGGACCCAGCCUAUGGGCCCUGGAGCUUGACCCGGAAGCAGACUGUGCCAAGCAAAAACCCUCCUGCAGUGCCGAGGACCACCCGUCGGAGAACAUCCCUGAGCUGCACAUGGUCCCAGCAGCUUGGCGAGGCCUGGAGCUGCGGGCCUCCACUGAUGAGACUGCCUCUUCUCUCGGAGACGUGAGCCCUGAGCCCCCCAACCUGGAGCGAGAACACUACGACUACGGGCUCCCGGGCAAGACUGUAGAGGCUGAGAGGCUCAGCACCAAAGUUGAGAUGCAAGAUCUGUGCUUUCUGGGCUCCUGCAAAGACCAUGUGGCUCUCCCCAGCAUGAGCUUCUUAGACUUCAAGGCCACAGGAAAUUCCCAGGGGCCACAGAGCAAAAGGACAGAGGAGGCGUCAGGGGCCAUGAGGGCCCCAGGCAGGGACCGGAAUGCCAAGGCCAGGAGGGCGCCCUACAAGUGCAGGGUGUGCUUCCAGCGUUUUCACGGCCUGGGUGAGCUGGACCUGCACAAGCUGGCCCACAGCCCCUCGCCACCCCCCACCUGCUACAUGUGUGUGGAGCGCAGGUUCGGCUCUCGGGAGCUGCUGCGGGAGCACCUGCAGGAGAAGCACGUGCAGGGCCGGGCCGGGCUGUGGGCCUGCGGCAUGUGCUUGAGGGAGGUGGCCGAUGUCUGGAUGUACAAUGAGCACCUGCGGGAGCAUGCCCUACAGUUCGCCCGAAAGGGGCCAGCACGGAGGUCCCUGGGAGACUCACCUGGAUGCUGGGAGGGGAACAGCACCGUCACCCACUUCCUGAGCAGCAUUAUGGGGCAGGCAUCCAAACCCCACAGGGGCAAGUGCUCAGUUGGCCAGGCGAAUGGGUGCCCUGCAGAGAAGGAGAGGGCAAAACCCAAGGUUCGUACCAACAGCUCAAACCAGGAUGGCUCUUUAAUGCUAGAAAAUAACUUAACCAACAGCAACCAGUCGGCCUGCACAAAUCCCACUCUGCCCAGCAGUUCUGCCACUCUCCUUAGCUCUACCAAGAUGUGCCCCAGCCCAUCCCCUGACGCCUGCUCCAACCGAGAGCCCUUACUCCACACCAUCCCAAUGCACCAGGACUGCAAGGACCCCUCCAGAGACUGCCACCACUGCGGCAAGCGGUUCCCCAAGCCUUUCAAGCUGCAGCGCCACCUGGCGGUGCAUAGCCCACAGCGCGUCUUCUUGUGCCCCCAGUGCCCAAGGGUCUACCCUGAGCUCCGCGAGCUGCGUGCACACUUGGCCAGGGAACACGGGGUGAGGGAGGAGCUGGAGCUGCAGCACACCCCACUGUACGCCUGUGAGCUCUGUGCCAACGUCACGCACAUCAGCAAGAGGUCCUUCGUCUGCAGCUCCUGCAACUACACGUUCGCCAAGAAGGAGCAGUUUGACCGACACAUGGACAAACACCUGAGGAGGGGACAGCAGCCCUUCACUUUCCGCGGGGUGCGGAGGCCAGGCGCCCCUGGGCAGAAGGCCCAGGAGGGCUCACUGCCUAGCAAACAGCUCAGAGUGGCCACACCCAGCAGCACCCCUGGGCCCGUCGUGGACAGGUCUCUGUCCCCGGGCAGCAGCCACACCCCGAACAAGGCAUCCCUCCCAGCCCUGCCCCAGCUCUGCUCGGAGGCAGCUCCCAGCAGCACCAAUGAGCAGUCCAGGACCCCCGAGAGACCCACAGAUCCUGUGGGCCACUUGGCCGGGGACAACAAUCUGCCCUUUGACCCCCAGGAACUCCUUCUCCCGUCUCUGUCUCCUUUCCCAGCAACCUCAGCUGAUGGCAAACAUGGCCACAAGCCAGACCAAGCCCUGGAGAGCCCAACAGAUGAGGCUUCCCCAGGCAGUCCUGGGCCUCUUCUCCAGCAGGCUUUCCCAUUGGAGGGGUCUCUGCCCCGGCCAGCGGCCAGAGGCCAAGCCAUGGAGGAACAGAGGGCUGUUGGCCCACUCUCAGGGAAAGGCAGGACCCCAAGUACCCCUGGCAAAUGUGCCCCUGACCAUCGCCUAGAAGCCCCCUCCCUGCUCUGGAAGGAGAAGCAGGUGUCCACAUGCCACAUGAUGCCUGAGAGGGUCGAGGGGGUCAAGGGAGUCCACUCUCAUAAGGGUACCGCCACCAAGCAUGGGAGCUGUCGGAGUUCGUCAAAGGACAGGCCAGCUUUGUCCAUCCCCAGCAAAGCACCCAAGUUCCCAAUGAAAUUGAAGAAGAUGAUGGCCAGCCCAACACCUGGCGAGCCAGCCCGUGGCACUGAGGACAGGCAGAAGCCCACUGCCCCCAAAGCCAAGCCAGGCCCCAGCUCCCAGGGCGAUGGAGGCCCACAGCACAGCACCAAGACAGCAGGUGGCAGCCAGCCUCAACCAGCCAGUGGGCAACUCCAAAGCGAGACAGCCACCACCCCGGCCAAGCCCAACUGCCCAAGCCAGAGCCCUGCCACAGACAAGCCCCCAACUCGAGCCCUGCCCAAGGGCUACCCCAAGGCACUGAGAGAAGCUGGUGACCAGGGACCCCAAGGGAGCUUGGUCCCCAGGGAAGAAGGGGAGGGGAAAGAGAAGAAGAGAAAGGGCCGGACUCUGGGGCCAACCAAGAGUGACAGUGUGGGGAGCUUGGGGAGAGCCCCUUCAGUCCCCGACAAGCCCCCCCGGGCUCCCCGGAAACAGGCUACUCCCAGCCGUGUGCUCCCUGCUAAGCCCAGGCCUGGUAGCCAGAGCAGCUCUACAGUGCCCCAGCCCUCAGAGCAGCAGAGAGGGGAGCCCGGCCACACACACCGGGACUUCAGACGCAGCAAGGAUGGGCUGGGCAAGGCCUUCCCCCAGGCAAGACCCCUGCACAGGACCCCCAAGAGGGGGAGAUCUGUCCACGGUGCUGAACAUGCCAACUCCCGAGCCUGCUGGACAGCUGAAUCCCAGAACGACCUCCUCAGCCAGCUCUUCGGACAGAGACUAACCAGCUUCAAGAUCCCUUUAAAAAAGGACCCUUCUGAGUAA